AUGGAGUCUGGCCAAGAAUAUCAUCAAGCGCAAUCUUUGGAUCCAACUUCAAAUGAGGAUUACAAUGCUGCUGAGAUUCUACUGAUGCUUGAGGUCUCAAACCUAUUAGAAGCAACGUCGCAAAGUCUCCAUAGCCUCACAGAUGAAGAUCUGAGGCCAGCCUCAAAACAAGAUGAAGUGCAUGUAGAACCAGAAGCUCUAGUUUUUGAGCCUGAGUUUCCCAACCAUGUGCAUGGCGUUGAAGAAAGUCUGUCGCCGCCCGAAAUGAACCUUACAUCGAAAGUCAUGGAGUCUGGCCCAAAAGAUCAUAAAGCUCAUCCUUUGGAUCCAAUUUCAAAUGAGGAUUACAAUGCUACUGAGAUUCUUCUAAUGGUUGAGGACUCAAACCCAUUAAAAGCAGCAUCACAAAGUCUCCACAGCCUCACAUGCAGAACUAGAAGCUCUAGAUCAACAAUUCAACCCUAG